AUGUUGCCUGUACGACUGCUACUUUGCAUACUACUUUUCCUAGUAUCCUAUAGUCGCCAGAGCCAAAUACCACCACGAGACUAUGACAAGCUCAACUACUUUCUCGUUGAAUUAAACACUACGCACAGUCAAAAACCGUUGGUAGACUUUAUUUCCCAAUACAAGGAUCAUUAUAGAUUCGAACACCAAGUUCACUCAUUAGAUAACUAUUAUGUAUUUAGCAUAGACAAACAGCAUCCUCACAAUUCGUUCUUGGGCAAUCACAACUCGAAUAACCACAAUAGAAUCAAGAGAUCGCCAGGAUUCGAAGAUGUUCACGAUCAUUUAAUUAAUAAUAUUCAGUCGCUACAUAUGUUGCCACCUAAAAAAUUGUCAAAGAGGUUACCGGUAUUUAUAGAUGCAAAAGACGUACAAGAAGCUGGCAAUGGUGGCUAUGAUGGUGGGCUCCAAACUCAACAGCCUCCAUCGGAGUUUGAAAAAGCUCAAAAAAGAUUAGCUGAAGUGUCUAUAAAAUUGGGCAUCCAAGAUCCCGAGUUUGCUAGCCAAUGGCAUCUUUUAAACUUAAAGUACCCGGGACAUGAUGUAAAUGCCACUGGGUUGUGGAUGGAGGAUAUCUUGGGGCAAGGAAUCGUUACUGCUAUUGUUGAUGAUGGAUUGGACGCCGAGAGCGAGGACUUGCAAGAAAACUUCAGUGCCAAAGGCUCAUGGGACUUCAACGACAACGUUAAUAUCCCUUUACCACGUUUAUUUGACGACUACCAUGGCACGAGAUGCGCCGGUGAGAUUGCUGCUGUCAAGAAUGACGUUUGUGGAAUCGGUGUAGCUUACAAGUCGCAAGUUGCCGGUAUCAGGAUCUUGUCGGGAUCCAUCACAUCUGCUGAAGAAGCUGCUGCAAUGUGUUAUGGCUUGGAUGUCAACGACAUUUACUCGUGUUCGUGGGGUCCCACAGAUAAUGGCAGGACUUUAAGCGAACCGGAAGUUGUCGUGAAACAAGCAAUGAUUAAAGGAAUUCAAGAAGGCAGAAACAACAAGGGGGCCAUUUAUGUGUUUGCAUCGGGCAACGGAGGACGUUUUAGCGACUCGUGCAACUUUGACGGCUACACUAACUCGAUCUAUUCUAUCACCGUUGGAGCUAUUGACUACAAAGGUAUACAUCCAGCAUAUUCCGAGGCGUGCUCAGCAGUCAUGGUGGUUACCUAUUCUUCCGGAUCAGGCGAACACAUCCAUACCACCGAUAUCAAAAAGAAGUGCAGUGCAUCUCACGGUGGAACUUCAGCAGCUGCACCAUUGGCAAGUGGAAUCUUUUCGUUGAUUCUUAGCGUGAAUCCGGAUUUGACAUGGAGAGACUUGCAAUAUAUCAAUGUGCUCAGUGCCACACCCAUCAAUGAAGAAGAUGGCAACUAUCAAACCACAGCAUUGGGACGCUUGUAUUCCCACAGAUAUGGCUAUGGUAAGACUGAUGCUUACAAGAUGGUUCAAUUUGCCAAGACUUGGAAAAAUGUCAAGCCUCAAGCGUGGUAUUAUAGUGAUGUCAUAGAGGUGAACCAGAAAAUAUCACUACACAAACCACCACCGCCAAUGCAACAAGAAGAGCAAGAGGAAGAAGAAAAUCCAUUGAAAAUCAUCAAAUCUACAAUUACUGUCACCAAAGAAGAUCUCAAGGUGAUGAAUGUUGAUAAAGUGGAACACAUCACUGUAAAGGUCAACAUUGGUGCUUCAUUUAGAGGUCGAGUCGGGGUCAGACUCAUUUCACCCUCGGGCGUCAUUUCAGAUUUGGCCACUUUCAGACCGGGUGACUCUUCAUUCCGUGGCUUUGAAGACUGGACUUUUAUGUCCGUGGCGCAUUGGGGAGAAGAUGGAUUGGGUGAAUGGGAGAUUGAAGUUUUCUCGGACGAUUCGCAUGCCGAUCCGAUCGACAUUGAGUUUAAGAACUGGCAAUUUAGAAUCUUUGGUGAGAGUAUUGACGCUGACAAGGCUGAAACGUAUGAGUUGUUGAAGGACUAUGCCGCUGUUCGAAGAGAUAGAAUCGAGGAGGGCAAAAACAAAGAGCCAGAGGCCACAACCAAUACCAGCACCGAGGAGGGUGCAACGAGCACCACUGAAGAGCCAUUGACGACUUCUCUGACGCCUGAAGACUCGACAACAACAACAACGACAGCAGCAGCAACCACGGAACUUUCAACCUCAACCGUUUCCACCACCACCACCACCGAGUCUCCCUCUUCAACUCCAACCGGUGACGAUGAUGAUGACGAUCAUGAAGAGGAAGGAGGAUUGCCCACUGAUGAACCCGAUGAUGGCAAGCACAAGUCAUCAAAUCACACUGGCCAAUAUUUCAUGGCACUUGCAGUUCUCGGAUUCAUUGCCGUGCUCGUCAUUAUGAAACGUCAAAGAUCAGCGGCAGCAAAACGCAGAAUGGUGAGAGAUGAUUUUGAGUUUGACAUUAUUCCCGGUGAUGACUAUACCGACUCGGACGAUGAAGAAGACAAUCGUCCGACUAAUCCUAGGCCACGUUCCCAUUUCGACUCAUUUGACUUGGGCCGUGAUGGCGGGAAAAUCUCGAAACAAGAUGAUGCAGCAAGAGACCGUCUCUUUGAGCAAUUCAAUGCUGAGAGUUUACCUGAUUAUGAUGACGAGAUGUUCAAAAUAGGUGAAGAUGAAGAAGAAGAAGAAGAAGAAGACGAUAGAUUAGUUGGUGGCAGUGGAGGCAUUGGAAAGGACAAGGAUAAGGACAAGAAAAAAGUUGCAUUUAAAAACGAUCUGAAACUGGGUGGGAAAAACAAGGAUCAAGAAGAAGGCAAGCUGUUGAUUGAUCAUGCGGAGGGAGUAGAUGAAGGUGAAACCGAAACAACAAAGCUGGAUAGAGACACUGACUCGGUGUAA